AUGGGCAACAUCUGCGGCAAAGAAGAGCCAGACACCUCGCCGCCCGGCCGCGUCCUCGGCUCCGCGCCCGCAGCACAGCGAAAGUCCACGGUCCCCAGAAAAGUCGGCGGCCCCCCGCGAACACUCGGCACCGGCACCGGCUCCGGCGAAGCGACGACACCUUCCGGCGACGUAGGCGACGCGAGAAGGAAAGCCGCCGAAGCUGCAGAGGUGCGCACUCGCACAUACAUGCAUAUGCCUGCCUAG